AGUAUUUGUUUACAUGAUAUAUACUAGUUUAGCAAAACACAGACGCUGAGCCCUCUUUCUCUCAAACUACCAGGAAUUCCUCUGUGUAACUCCCAUUGGAUAGCCACAUGUGCAUAUGCACACGCACAUCAAUACAUACUUUUGGAAACACUGUAUCAUAUACAUCAUCUUCAAUUUCUUUUCCUUUUCUCUUUACUACGUUUCAUAAACACCAUGACAAAAUCUCGUGAGAAACAAGCUUUAUGCGAUGAACGGGAAGACAGCAUGACAAAUGUGCAAGCGCCACUCAAAGGGGACGAGAUUCUUGUCGCCGCAAUCAAUGUCAAGAUCUACGCGGUCCGGAAAAAAGACGGGGCUCGUAUCUGGAAAGCAGAAGCCCCCACGGGUGGCGGUUCAAGUGGUAUCAUUUCACUCUUUAUCACGGAUGAGGAUAAGCUUAUAGUGGGUGGAGGAGGCAGAACUGCUUGCAUGAACCUCUUUACCGGUGAAACGAUAUGGCUGAAUAAGAUGCCUGAUUGCGGAUACGGAGAAGUAGGAGUGAUUGCAACAACAAGUCGUAUCUUGCCUCCUCGAGCACAAAAUGCUUUGCGCACAGAUGAUACGCUGCCGCCUUCAUAUGAAGAAUCGUCCAGCAGACAUCAACAGCAGCAACAGUCGUCCCCGGCGGUCAUUUCUUGUACAGCGGGAAAAUGUGUAUCGAUCGAUAUGGCCACAGGACAUCAACUCUGGGAGUUUCCUUGUCCCAAGGGUGGCUGGUACAUUCCAGUAGCGCUUAUUGAGCCCGUUUCUGCAGAAUCGCAUUCAUCAGAACAAAAAGUAUAUGUUGCAUGUGGCAAGUGGAUCUAUUGUUUGCAAGCAAGGAGCGGUAUUUUGGAAUGGAGUAGACCUGUAUCCAACAUGGCACAAUUUUUUGGCAGUCCUGUGACAUUGGCAACAGCCUGGAGCUCCAGACUAGCUGCGGAAACCCACUCAGCAUAUUCUCAAUUCCCCGGCUCCCUAGUAGAAGAGAGUUGAUCGCCAUCGUCAUACUAGUGCUUAAUUACUAUCAUAUUUCUAUUUAUAUAUUUUAUGCUGCUAUCUUUAUAAUAUGGCUGUCAAAUAUAUGUAUUCAAGUUCUACAAUAAGAUAGUCUAUCAGAGACCAAAUGUUAAAUACAUACAGUAGCAAGUAAGCUGUCUCUAUAAGAGGGGUG